AUGUUGGGUAAAGGAGCAAAGCGGAAGCUUGAUGAGCAUGAAGAUGGGCUGGAAGGCAAAGUGCUGUCUCCCUCUGAUGGUCCUUCGAAGGUGUCCUACACCUUACAGCGCCAGACUAUCUUCAACAUUUCCCUUAUGAAACUCUAUAGCCACCGGCCCCUGACGGAGCCGAGCUUGCAGAAGACUGUUUUAAUUAACAACAUGUUGAGGCGGAUCCAGGAGGAACUGAAGCAGGAAGGCAGCCUGAGGCCUGUGCUCGCCGCCUCUCCUCAGCCAAGCGACCCGCUGAGCGACACCUACCGAGAGGCCCCACCUGCCUUCAGCCACCCCACGCCCCUGCCCGCCCACCCCUGCGACCUGGGCAGCACGACACCCCUGGAGGCCUGCCUCACGCCGGCCUCCCUGCUCGAGGUCGAAGAUGACGCUUUUGGCCCCCCCCAAGCAGUGCCGCCUGCGGUGCCCACCAAACUCGCGCCUCCAGCUCCCGUGCUGGAAAAGGACAGCUUCUCCUCGGCCCUGGACGAGAUCGAGGAGCUCUGCCCCACAUCUACCUCCACGGAGGCCGCCGCCGCCGCCGACUACUCCAAGGGGAGCCCUGGCACGCUCGGUGCCCCGAAACACGGGGGGCUCCCCGAAGGCCGGCCGGACGACCCCAAGCUGAUGGACUCUCUGCCCGGCAACUUUGAAAUCACCACAUCCACGGGUUUUCUGACAGACUUGACCCUGGAUGACAUCCUGUUUGCUGACAUUGACACGUCCAUGUAUGAUUUUGACCCCUGCACGUCCUCGUCGGGGACAGCCUCAAAAAUGGCCCCCGUGUCAGCCGACGACCUCCUCAAGACCCUGGCCCCUUACAGCAGUCAGCCCGUCGCCCCGAGCCAGCCUUUCAAAAUGGACCUCACAGAACUGGAUCACAUCAUGGAGGUGCUUGUCGGGUCCUAAGAUCCAGGGAGGGGCCCGGCCGGCGUGCCCACCCGGACCCCACGAGCUCCCUCCGCCCCCCAGCGCCCCUGUAACUCUCCGCACUGUGCAUGCACCCCGGCUUGCCUUUUGUUUUUGUUUUUUUUUUCUCCAGAGAAAAAGACAAUUUUACAAAAAAAGGGUCACACUAGUUUUUGCUGUGAGCAGAGUUGGAGUGCCUUCAUCCAAGUACGACCACUUGUCAUAUGCUUUCUGGAGUGGUUCCCCAGAGACCCGCUGCCUGGUACUGGAGAGGCCGAGGCAGACAGUGCUGGAGGAGAACGACUCACACGGUCCAAGGGAAGCACAAGGGUUAAGUUGGGAAAAGCUGUACAUUGCAUGUGCAUAUCGGUCUAUUUUUUCUAUAAGUUUUAUUGCAAGAGGUUAAAAAAAGAGUAUAUAUAUAUAUACAUACAUACAUAUAUAUAUAUAUAUUAUUUAGAUAAUCUCAGUACCUUUUCUGGCAUUUUUGCCCUGUAUAGGUUGACUUGGCAAUUCUGCCUUUUUAGAGGCAUUAACUACUCGUAAGUGUUGCAUUUACAUGGCUGUUUAGAAACUGCUGCCCAAAUUUAUUUUAUAUUUUUGUACAGAUUCUGCAGUUUAUGAUAUUGUUUUUCUAAAAAUAAGUGCUGUUUAUACAUACAAAAUAGCUAUUUUGAUAGGAUUUGCUCACAUAGUUCCUGCAAACUUCAGAUGUACAAGUUGCACUUGUACUUUUAUAGAGUUGUAACAUUUUAUAUGUGUAUGGUGCAAAGAGAAAAUUGGAUCAAAUCAACCCGCAGUUGAUAACCCCAAACACACACACACACUUUAAGAAAGGGCCAGGUGAUAUCACACCCAAGCGUCGCCACCACAGACCCCCUGGCACCGACACCUGCCAGGACUGUGAUUCCCAGGGCCUGAGCUGGCUGCCCAUCAAACUUGCAUCAGGCAGUUGGCCGAGAGGGAGGGCCCUGCCGGAGGUAGUGGGGCAGCUAGGGGUGUGUGUGUGUGUGCCACGUUUGUGCUGUUAAUCGUUUUUGUUUGUUUGUUUGCCUAAAUCAAACCCAAAUCUUUGUGGUGUAAUUUUUAUUAUGAUUGGAAAUUUCACAUCUGAACAAAACUUUAUUUAAAAAAAACAAACCACCCACCUCUCUUCUUCUUCUUCGUGGAAGUCAGAACCUUGUUGCAGGGCUUCUGGCUUGUAAGAAACAAACCUCCCCCAGAAGGCAUCCAUCAUGUUGCUGAAUUGUCUUCCUCGCCUGGAGAGCCUUUGUUCCCUCGGUUGCUAAGUGCUGCCAGUGAAUGGCAUGCCCACCCCACCACCAUGGGCCCAGCUCACCUCGGCCAGCCCAGACCAUGCUCCCCUGUGACAUCCGGAGCUUGUCAUCUGACUGCAUCCUGGCAUCCAAUCGGGUUGCUUUCUUGAAUCAACUGCUUUAACUACUUCACACUUUACUACAAGGCUGUUUUACCCAAAUACACAGAUGAGACUUUCUACGCAUGUUCCUUCUCCCCGGCCCCAGGACACGUGAGAAGUCGUUCUUUAUCCCGACUGUUGUUCACUUAAUUUUAAAACGUUUGCAAUGUAUCAUGCUUGUUGCCGAAAUCGUUUAGGACCUUUCCAUUUCGGGUUUUUGCUGUUGUUGUUUCUUGCAAUGGUACUUUAGCUGUUGAAAUGCAGGUUACAACCUAUAUUGUUGCAAUGCAGAUGGCUUCUUUAGGAAUAACUUUUAUAUUUAUUUAAAAUUUUUUUAAAUUAUGGGAUUUUUGUUUUUUUGUUGUUGUUGCUUUUGUUGUUGUGUCAUUUGUCAAUAUUCAGUCACCAAUUCUGCUCACUUCUUGCCAUGGAUAAAAUGGGGCCUUUCUGGCCAGUUUAAAAAGAAAAGGAGAAAAAAAAAAAAAGACAACUUUAUAAAAUGGCACUUUAAACAAGCCAUAGAUAGAUUUAUUUUUAUAAUGCACAUGGCAAAGCAAGUACAUUUGUGAUGAAGGAACUGCUUGUCUAAGCAAAAGAUUUGUGUAUGAUAUAAUUAAAUCUUUCUACAUUCUAAUUUACCUUUCCCCCCACCCCCCACAUGAGUAUGUCUUAAAGGCUAAUUAUCAGCUCAGUAGAGCUGCGAGAAACUGAUCAAACCGCAACUUGUUCUCCUACAAGGAGCCUCGGUGCUGCAGACACCUCUGUCGCCGCCAUAGGCGGGUCGGGGUCACCUAGGGGACCACCACGAAGCUCAGGGGCUGCCGAUGAUCACAGAGGUUCCCAGGGUCCCUGUGCUGGGCAGCUUGGAGCGCCUCCCUGUGGAGAACGAGUCGGCCCGGGCCCCAGGAGUUUGAUAACCGGAGCUCCUACAGGCCGCACACAUCUACAGUAGUAUUGAUUUGUCAUUGUUAGAAACUGAUUUACAGUAACUUAGACCAACUGUACUUUCAUUGGAUUAGCAAACCAUGUGUUUAAACAAAUCCCAUAUGUUGGGCAACAUUUCACAUAAGCGCAGAGAAGUGUUGCCUAAAAAGUGCUUCUCCAGCUCUCUCAUAAGGCUGGGCUGCCGAAUCUAAACAAACACCCCGACGACAGCAGGCCAGUGCUUUCUGCACGAAACCCCGGCCGGCUGCAAAGUCGUGCUCUUCGGAGUCUCCAGAGGUAGACCUGGAAGGCAAGCAGGCCCCCUUUCUCACAGAGCAACGCUAGCGAGUGGUCCCACUCUCCCGGUGUCUUGUCUUUGCAGAGAGAGGCUUGGGCCUGCCCCCAAGUGUGGUCUCCCAAGUCCCUGUUGUGCUGUGCGACGUGCUUCCAGCCCCCACUCUGUAGCAGUGCCUUCAGCCUUGUGAGGGGUGUCACGUGGCCCUGGGCUGCCCGCCGCUGAGCAGGCAGCCUGAGGUGCCUUUGUAAGAAAGACGAGCACCCGGGCUGGGGGUGGGGGGGUGGCGAGGACUGACAGUGAUGUGCAAUGAAGUGACAAGAUGAGAGCAGAAUCAUAAGAGCUUUGAAUUUUGAAGUGAUUUUUCCCCCUCCAUAAGUUAUUUAUUCCUCCCCCCCACCCCGUGUAAAUAUAUUUAUUGUACUGUGGAGCUCUAAUGACAUCUGGAUCGUAACAUGUGCAGAAUGUAUGGUAGGAAUGUAUUCUCUUGUAGGAAUGUCAAUUUGUAUUAUUUUGGGGGGGGGGUGUCCGAGCCAGAGCCCCCGGGUCUUCUCACCAUAUGCACAGUCCACGUUCACUCUUACUCUCUUCUCUACUGUGGGUCUAUUUGAAAAUAUGCAAAAAGCUAUGGAUAAAGAAUGUUUUAAUACCUCCAAAUUUUUAAGAAAAUCAAGCAUCAAAAGGUUGACAUUUUUUAGAGUUUUUUUAGUAGCACACUCUCUCUCUCUGACAGAAGGGGCCACCCCACUGACACCAUGCAUACCAAAGGGCGAGGGACAGCAGCGCCUUGCCACGCCUGAGUGUCUUGAUCAAUCGAGCUCUCUCUCGCCAUCGCCCCUGGAGCGCCCCCACUGCCCUGAGGUCAAUCAAGGAAAAUUUCUUAAAUAAAUAAAACUCCAAAGAGCCAACGUAUCAACUUACGGAUCAUUUUUAAAGCUUAAAUUUAUCAGCCACCUUUGUGGUAAAUAAUGAAUUAUGAAUUCCACAGGGCAGCCUUCUUAAAUGACAGGUGUUAAAAAAAAAAAAAGACCGUGCGGCGAUUGUUAUUCUCUAGAUAUUAAUUGUAUUAAUUUCAAAACCUUGCCGUUACAAAUUGGACCUGUUUCCGUUCCUGAGAACUGGCCUGUCCUCCGCUGCCAUGGUGGACGCGCUGUGACUGCUGUGUGCCACCGCAGGAGACUCGUGUGUGUGUGUGUGUGUGUGUGUGUGUGUGUGUGUGUGUGUGUGUGUGUGUACUCGCCACCAGUGCUUCUCAGAAUGAGUGCAAAUGGGUCCUGAAGAUUAGCCACGAUCAAACGCUAUUGCAGACCAAGCCAGUAGAAUCUGUUGGCUCCUUUUAGGGAUAAGUUCAGAGGAGAAGUGCAGCCUGUACAUGCAAACCACCAUGAUUUUGGAAAAGCUGUAAAUAGUGACAUGUUUGGUGCAUGGUUUUUGAGGAGGGUGUUUUUGUUUUUGGGGGGUCUUUGUUUCCUGGUCAAAACUGAGGUGUAACCUUCUCUCCCUCGCCCCCAGACCUGAGAACUGUGCCUUUUCUAUGCAAUAUGACAGAUGUUACAUCGGAACCCAGAUGGCUGUACUCACAUGUAGGUUUGGGCUGUAAUCGGAACAACUGGUCAGAUUCAAUGGACAUGAGCAGUCUUACUUUUGUAGUUUUAUAUUAUACAAUAAAGAGUUAAAAGAUG